AUGGAAGUCUUUGACCAAAACCUCGCGAAUGAGUUCCGGAUCCGAGAGAUAGAGAACCGGAUUUCCCAACUCAUAGACACCGAAACACUUGCCGUUACCGACACAGAGAUCUCGUUGCCAUUCGAACCACUGUUUCAUAUGUCGACGGGAAACGUGACUAUUGGCGUAAACAAGGCGUACGGACAGCGAUUUCUCGAUCUGGAUCUCUAUGGCCGUAACGGCAAGUGUUUCGGUGUCUAUGAGUUGGGAAAACCGGUUCUCUAUCUCUCGGAUCCAGAACUCAUUCGCGAGGUUUUGGUCAAAGACUUCCAUAUGUUUACCAACAAAAAGCUAAACAUGAUUAGUUCUGACCACAUCGGUACCCAAACUGUUCCAGAUGGCAUGAUAAUUUAA